CGAGGUAGAACGCGCGCUGGCGCAAGCGCAGUAGCGACGCUCGGUUUCGUUUUCCCGCUCGCGCCUCGGCCGUUGCAGAGCGAUUGACGGGGGCGGCAGGUCUUUUGUGGUUAAGCGUUUCCGAUCGUGAGGUGACGCUCUACGUUUCCUCAGCAGCUCGUACCUGUACGCUGUAUUGUUAACAUCAGGGGUGCCAAUUUGAAUCAAAUAUUGGGGUUUUUUUUGGGGGGGAGCGCAGGAAAGCCCCGCCCCGCAUAAUGGAUCACAUGACACGCUCUUUGAAUGGCAAUGUCCAUCAACUUUGGGGCGGGGGGGGGGGUCCUGGCCACCUCAAAUAUUUUAUUGGGUGGUCGAGGUCCCCUCAGGCCCUAGCAGUUGGCUAUUAUUAUUAUUAUUAUUAUUAAUAUACCGCCCUGUACCUGGAGGUCUCAGGGCGGUUGACAGAAUAAAAUCAAAAUAUUAUUAUUAGCAUUAGCAUUUGAAUUUAUAUACCGCCCUAUACCCAGAGGUCUCAGGGUGGUUGACAGAAUGAAAUCAAAAUACUGUAUUAUUAUUAUUAUAAUUUAUAUACCUCCCUAUACCCGGAGGUCUCAGGGCGGUUCCACAAAAUACAUAAUCAAAAUAAAAACAGCAACCCAAUAACAACCCCCCCCUAAACCUACAUUUUAAAAGGGCAUUGGAUGCCAAUCAAAUCAACCAAAGGAAUAGAGAAUGCAUGGGAUUGCAUUGUAAGUCAGUUUGCAGUGUGUACAUUUCCUCAUGGAUACAUUGCUGUGUGUUUUGUAGCAUUGGGGACAUCAGAGCCUUGUGAGUAUGUAAGUGUACAAACUUUGGGCCGGAUCCAGAUUUAGCCUCUGUGUUGGAUCCAUUGAUACUGCUAAGCUUGACAAUAGGUUUUCCAUCAGUGGAAAAGGAACAGGUGCAAUUUUUGGCAUAUCCCCUCCAGCCCGCUCCAAAAACUGCUCCAAAUGGUUGGGGGACCUUCUAAAACAGAUUUCAGGAAAUGUGGGAGCGCAGACCCUCCCUGUUUUCCAGGGACAGCUCUGUAUUUACAGAAGCCACCCCGGUUUCUGAUUUAACCCCGAAAUGUCCCACUUUUCCUUAGAAUAUCCCUAUUUUCAUUGGAUAAAUGUUGGAGGAUAUGGAGUCAUGUGACCCCUGAGCCAAGGAGAUAAGUAACUAUACAACAAUACUUAAGUUGUAACUAAGUAACAGAACACAUCUGAAGGCAGCCCUGUGUUGGCAAGUUUUUAAAAAAAUGUUUUAAUUUUUUACAGUGGUGCCUCGCAAGACGAAAAGAAUCCGUUCUGGGAGUCUCUUCGUCUAGCGGUUUUUUCGUCUUGCGAAGCAAGCCCAUUGAUGGGAUUAGCGGAUUAGCGCUAUUAGCGGCUUUUAGCGGCUGUUAGCGGCUUUUAGCAGCUGUUAGCAGCUUUUCAGCUUAUCAGAUACGCAGGUCAGCGGCUUAGCGACUUAGAAAAGAGGGGGAAAAGGGGAAAAACCCCAGGAACUCGCAAGACAUUUUCGUCUUGCGAAGCAAGCCCAUAGCAGAUUCGUUUUGUGAGGCACCUCCAAAACGGAAAACUCUUUCGUCUAGCGAGUUUUCCGUCUUGCGAGGCAUUCGUCUUGCGGGGCACCACUGUAUUAAUAUUUUUAUACAUGAUAAAAACCUCCUUGAGUGGCUAGGGCCACACAGUCAGAUGGGCAGCGUGUAAAUAAUAAAAUUAUUAUUAGUAGUAGUAUGGAAUAGGACGUCCAUAUUUUCAUUGGAGAAAUAUUGGAGGGUAUGGGGAGGUUGCAGUGGCAGAAAUCACGAAGAAAAGUUUCUCUCAUUCUGAUGGAAAUCUUACUGUCAACUGAUCGACACUGUUGAAUACAAACCAAUGUUCCUCAUGCAAAAUCUUGUGGAAAAGCCCAUGCUGCACAAUGUUACAAUGGAGAAAUGCAUACAAAACAAAACUCACAAACCCAGCAACAUAGAACAAUUCCCAUGUGCAUGAGGUGCCUUCAGAUGGUGUGAUGUAUGCCACUUUAUGUAGCAAGUUUUAACUCAGGUGUAACUGCAUAAAUUCAGAAAGACUAACCAACCUUUUAAUAAAAAAAAAGUAAGAUAAUACUGUGGGAUGUUUACAAACAUUUCACAUUUUGGCCUGAAGUUGAUUUUUAAUCCUAUUACAAGUUGACUAAAAUUCAGAAACUGUUUAGCUCAUUAGUGUCGUAACACUACAGAGACAGAUAAAUUAAUUUUUGGACUCCCAAACAUACUUUGUACUUGAUGAAGUAUUAAUUACCUUCAAAGAAAUUAUUUUUGCUGUAAUAGUGGCAGAUGCCCUCUUUUUAGAAGAAAGAUUUUAAAAUAGUUCCCUUAAAAUGAGCAAAUAUGGAAAGUGUAUAGAAUUAGUAAUACCCAUUGCAUUCAAUGGGAUUUACUAUAAAAGCUUGUCCGGAUACGUAGAACGUCCACUGAAAUCUGUGAAACUUUCUUCCAAGUGAACAUGUUUAGGAUUUAAUUACCUUUUAUGUUCAAGUUCCCCCCCCUCCUGUGAUCACACAUUUUACAAUUUUGCUAGCUUUUGAGGAUAAAAGUUAAAUAGUUUAGCGAGAACAGCUAAUUACUGUACAAUUCUAUACAUGUCUACUCAAAAGUAAGUCUUACUGAGGCCUACUCCCAAGUAAGUGUGUAUAGGAUUGCAACUUCAUGACUAUCAUAAGAUAUAAUUUGAUUAAACUGUGUAUUAAGUAUUUUAAACAUCAAAGAUAGUUUGUAUCUUUGUCAUAUUGAAACUUUUGCUUCAAUUUUUGCUUGCCCUAAGACAAUUAUGGAAUCAGCCUUGUGAGAAUAUGGUACAGUAAUUUUCUAGUAUGUUCUCUUCAUUAAAAUUCAGUUGGCAUUUCCCUGUUCUCUGGCUUAACUGUGGUCUUUGCUGUGCUUUUGUUCCAUGUAUGAAUAGACCUUGUUGAAAGCCAAAGUAGAAGAGCAAACUUUUCAAAGGCAGCAUGAAUCACUAAGCAGUGAGACUAUAACAAAGUGUACGGACAACUUUACUCACAAAACUAUUCAAAGUUGAAUAUUAAUUUCUCAGUUUAAUGUAAGUAUAACAGAUUUUAACAACUGGUAAAUAUGUGGUUAAGUUUUAGUAAUCGGUAUACUCCAUAAUUAUUCUAAGUGAGUUGGGGGGAUAAGUAAAAUGGAUAAGUUGCAUUUAUAUAACAACAAACAAUUUUGUCAUGUCAUCAAGUACUGUAUGCAGUGUGUUUUUAAUGCAAUCCUAUACAUUUAAUGGGACGGGACUUACUCCCAUCGAAGUAUGUAUAGGAUUGUUGUCAUAAUUGUGCUUAUUUCCCAUUCUGUUGAUAAUUAUGCAGAAGUGAAUGUUAGGAAACUAUAUAUGUGUGUGUGUAUAUAUAUAUAUAUAUAUAUAUAUAUAUAUCAAGCUCUUUCUAAAAAGUAGAAGUUGUUAAAUGGUUUGGAUAUAUUGAAUUAUACUCAUUUAAUUUGUUGUAUGCUGGCCUAUAUGAAAUAUUAAGUAUAAUUGUUGAUUUGUUUGCACACUGGGGUUGCUAAAUAUGAUUAGAAUGUAGAGUACAGAAUUGUGCACUAAUGUGAAAUAGUUAUUCACUGUGCAAUCCUAUUAUACCCAUUUAACUCAGUGGGACUUCUGAGUAGACAUGUAUAGGACUGAGUGGUGAUUAAAAUUAUCUUCAGUAUUUAAUAAUUCACAAUUCAGUCUCUUUUACUGUCUUGGAAUGGACUUUCGAGUAUGAAAAUUGUUAGGAACACAGCUUAAUAAUGUGAUCCUAGCCAUGUUAAUGUGAAAGUUCUGUAGAAAUAUGUAACUCGAAAUACAUUGAAGUAAAAAAGAAGGUUCUUAGCUCAAGAUCCCUGAACAUAUAUAGAAACAAUGUAAGAUUUAUUGGGAACUCCAAAUUCAGAAAUAAAAGGAACAUUUAUUUUCACUUUAAAGCACCAUGACCAAGGAGGAAUCUUACAGGGAAGAAUUUAGUUAUGACAGAAUGCCAACCUUGGAGCGUGGAAAACAAGAGAAUGGAAAUUAUGUUCCAGAUAUUAAAUCAAGCGACCUUCAACUAUCAAAGAGGUUUCAUCCAUGUUUUAGUUAUAAAACAUGGAUAUAUUCUUUGCUGAUGGGGGUAAGUAUGAAAUAUUAUCCCGGCCUGGUCAGGGCUGAAUAGGUAAGGUUGUACUGGGCAAAUAUAGUAGGUUAAUUUUUAUCACAUUAUUACCCAUGUCAUUAAAUCUGUUUGAAGUUGGAAAGUUUUGAUUUUCUAAAAGUAGUAUUUACUGGAAUUAAGCCCUACCAGUGCAAGCCUAAUAGUAUGGCAAAAUGAUGCAAUUGUCACAGAGGGCUGGGUCAAAGGUAAAGGAUCCCUGGACGGUUAUGUCCAGUCAAAGGUGACUAUGGGGUGCAGCACUCUUCUCGCUUUUCAGGCCGAGGGAGCUAGCAUUUGUCCACAGACAGCUUUCCGGGUCAUGUGGCCAGCAUUACUAAACAGCUUCUGGUGCAAUGGAACACCAUGAUGGAAACCAGAGUGCAUGGAAACACUGUUUACCUCCCCGCCACAGUGGUACCUAUUUAUCUACUUGUACUGGCGUGCUUUCAAACUGCUAGGUUGGCAGGAGCUGGGACAGAGCAAUGGGAACUCACCCGUUGCGGAUAUUCGAACCGUCGACCUUCUGAUCGGCAAGCCCGAUGUCAGUGGUUUACACCACAGCGCCACCUUCGUCUGGUGCCAGCCCAAUAAUAUGGCAAAAUGACACUAUUGUCACAGAGGGCUGGUGCGGGACAUGACAAACUGGUGCUCUCCAGGCUAUGUUCUCACCUUAUUAACCGCUUGCCUGUCCAGCCAGGUGGUGAGGCAGGCUCUCUGCUGCCCUUUCCACUACUCCUCUCUGCCUUCUCUCUUGCACUGAGAAAAGGAUAAAGGGGUCUUUCUGCAGAAUAAGGCCUUCUCGGCAGGAUGACCAGGAGAGUGCCAUUUAGGUCCCUUCCAACCUAGCGGAAAAAGAGUUUUUAAGUAUUCUGCCUUGCUUGCCUUUAACUUCUGGAAUUUCAACCAGUUGGUCUUCAACCACAUAUGGUUGAAAUUGCACGAGUUAAAUGUGCGUAAGAUUGGAUUGUAUUUUAAAUUGUGCAGGUAGCAUAAAUUCAAGGUUUUCAAAACCUUUUCAACCGAUAUGGACCAUGCAUGUAUAAACCACACAAAUGACUAUAAUGCACAAUGGUUACCACUGAAAUAACAUUCCUUAGUUUGACUUUUUUUGUAGGCUUGUUUGUUUGUUUUCUGAGUGUGCUAGUAAUUUUAUUAUAGUUUGUAGUUUUAUAACUGGCAUUUCUAAAUGUCUAAGUAUACAUAGGUUGCAAUCCUAUAUAUACUCACCUAGGAGUUAAUUCCACCCAGUUUUUGGCACUUGGUGUGUUUUGAAGCAUGUGAUGAAUUUGUAGGAUGUAUGAAGUGUUAGAAAGGGACGUGGGUGGCGCUGUGGGUUAAACCACAGAGCCUAGGACUUGCCGAUCAGAAGGUUGGCAGUUCGAAUCCCCGCGACGGGGUGAGCUCCUGUUCCUCGGUUCCUGCUCCUGCCAACCUAGCAGUUUGAAAGCAUGUCAAAGUGCAAGUAGAUAAAGAGGUACCGCUCCGGCGGGAAGGUAAACUGCAUUUCCGUGUGCUGCUCUGGUUUGCCAGAAGCGGCUUUGUCAUGCUGGCCACAUGACCCGGAAGCUGUACACCGGCUCCCUCGGCCACUAAAGCGAGAUGAGCGCUGCAACCCCAGAGUCGGCCAUGUCUGGACCCAAUGGUCACAGGUCCCUUUACCUUUACCUUUAUGAAGUGUUGGGGAGGAGUGGUACCUCUGGUGGGUCACACAUCAUGCUCCUGAGGUAGCAUAGGCGCCAUCUCGUGCUGAAGAUUGUGGGUGCCUGCAACAAAGGGCUUCAACUUUGCCCAUUGACUGGGAGGGCAGCCCCCACAAAUAUAUUAUUGUGGGUGCCGAAGUUGGCUCCAGUGUGAGGUAGUUUGCCCAGCUUUGUUCCCCAACCUGCACUCAGCUCUCACCCAUGGCUCCUAGAAGCUGUCAGCAUGUGACAGCAGCCACACCCCAGGAAACAGCUUUGACUGGCCGGCCAAACCAGGUGAAGGUAGCCGAUGGGUAUCAAAGCCUCGGUGAGUUAGGGACUUACCCUGCGUGCGAAGACAGGCUCUAGCAGAUUAAGCAAAUGAGACCAGUAGUUGGUCCAAUGGUCAAGAAAGUGGUUUCUGCACGUACUGUAGAAGGAAGUGAGGGGCAGAUGGGAAAGUAGCCCUUCCCAUCUGGGAAGUCAACCUGGGAGAAGGAAAACUCUGAUCCUAAACCUCUGCUGUUUUGCGGGAUAUCAUUAGGAGAAGAAAAGUCCAAGGAAUAAACCCAAUACGAGCUGGUGGCAAACAUUUCAGCGCGGUCGAGAGGGAGGGCGAGUCUUGCUGUUUGGGCAACCCAGGACCUCCAUACACACUGCCCAGGCUUGCACCCCAGGGAGGUCAGCUAACACUGCGGUUUGACUUCACCCCCAGAGGUCGAGAUAGACGGAUGCCAACAACAACAUGAGAAUAAAAGUGAAAAAUAUAGUUCUUGAUACUUCUUGGGAAUACUGUGGCUAUAAUAAUUUAAAUAAUAUAAUAUGCUUGCUUAUUAACAGAAAAUGUUAGGCACUGAAGCUGCUAGCACAUGAUAGUUGCAAAAUAAAUGUUUAGUAGUAGCAGUAACAGAAACUCCUGAGGAUUUCCCCUGAGUACUGUACUUUGUUUAACAAGAACUACUAAAAAAAUACUUAGAAUGCUUCACUGCAUAGCCACAAGAUGUAGACAAGCUGUCUUUGCUGCGAAGUUUCAUUGUUUUGUUAAGCAUGCCUGCCAAGAAAGGAGCUUAUUUUCUUUAGUUAACUUUAAUUUACUGCUUUAGUAAGAUUUUCUUUUUCCUAAAUUGUUGCUGCGAGUGACAGCUAACUGACAUCUUUUGCUAAAUUCUUACUGUCAAUAGAGGAAGCAUCAUAAAGAGUUCCACUUAUUUUUAUGAACAUACUGAGCAAUUUCAGUCUAUUCAAAGACAAUGAUUCCAGCUAAAAUAUAUAGACUCUACAACACUGAGAUUCCCAAAGAUUGCUCGUGCUUGGGAGUAAAAUAUACGAUAAGGAAGAGAGAUGACAAGCAUUAGAAAAGGCUGAAAGAAAGAAUUACAGAGACUAAGGGUGCUUCCAGGCGACCUGUUUAGCCGGCAUUUAUCCUGAGUUGUUUGUAGGGAAAUUAGAAAACGUUGGCUGUUUAAUGAACAUUCACUCUAAUUUGUUUGCAGGGAGGCUAGACAAUGUGGUAUCAAAAUGUUAUCACACACUUUCCAUUGCAUUUUUCUUAUCACAUCACAAAAGUCUGAUCUUUUGGGGAAAACAAGUCUGUUAUGCAAGACCUCCCAGUCAUCUAUAAUUGUGCAAGCAGAAUUUACCUGUAUGUGAUUGAAUCCCACCCCAAAAUAGCAACAGUCUGGAACUAUCCAAAUAAACUGUUUGGAUGAUGCUUAUUACUCUUACCUCUACAUUCAGUGAGAUUAGGAGUGAGCAGAGGAAUUGCACACCCCUUCCCAUUGUGUGAAGAAGGUAACAGCUGAAUUUCUGUGGCAUUUCCCAACAUUGUAGACUCAGGGAAAAUCCUGCUUUCAAAUAAAUGUGGGCUCACCCAGUGCAACAUUACUCUCUUUAUAUAGUGAGGGGUAACUGAUGAAUGAGGUAUACCCAAUAUUUACUUUCGUUCUCACCAUACAUAGAGGUGAGUAGAAAUAUAUUGUACAAAAUGGCCAAAGAUGCAAAAGGGAGGCCAGUGGGAAAGAACAUUGUGGAGGCGCUAAAACUCUUUAAGUAUGAAGAGUCCUACUUAAAUCCUCUCUGAGGACUGUAUAAAGUGACGUGCGAAAUAAACAUUUUAUCAAGGAUUCCCAACUUGUAGGGUAGAACUAUAUGAAACAGUAUGGACACAACUUACUCACAUUUAACUUGUGUGCAUUCAGCUUUACAUGCUUGGCUUUAUUUUUAAUUUAAAAAGGGGCAGAUAUACAGGGGGGGGGGGAGAAUUCUGGCAAUCUCACCCGCCAUUGCUAGGGUUGCCAUACGGACAUAGCCAGAAUACUGCAGUCAGAAGCAGUGUCCAGGUGGAAAUCGCAAAAAUGUCUGGGAAAAUCCGAAUGUAUGGUGACCCAUGUCGGCAGAGUCGUUUUUGGUGAUUUCCCUUUAAAAUAGCUCAAAGGACUUCCUUUUUCCUUUACUUUUGCUAUUUAGCCAUAAGAGCUCAACAACUUUGUUCCCCUGAUUUUUACUUUUUGAAAUAUGGCAACCUUAGCCAUUGCACCCAAUGUGUUAUGACUAUACACAAUUUUGGCUUUAGGUGCAAUGCCUGGAAUGUAAGUUGUGGUCUAUAUGGCCUCGGCCCAGUAUACCUGAAGGAGCGUCUCCAUCCCCAUCAUUCUGCCCGGACACUGAGGUCCAGCUCUGAGGGCCUUCUGGAGGUUCCCUCACUGCGAGAAGUGAAAUUACAGGGAACCAGGCAGAGGGCCUUCUGGGUAGUGGCACCUGCCCUGUGGAACGCCCUCCCAUCAGAUGUCAAGGAAAUAAACAACUAUCUGACUUUUAGAAGACAUCUGAAGGCAGUCUUGUUUAGGAAAGUUUUAAAUGUUUGAUGUUUUAUUGUGUUUUCAAUAUUCUGUUGGGAGCCGCCCAGAGUGGCUGGGGAAAUCCAGCCAGAUGGGUGGGGUAUAAAUAAUAAAUUAUUAUUAUUAUUAUUAUUAUUAUUUACUGUACAUGUAGUUUUGAGUUGUGAAUUUAGAGCAAAGAAGCGGCCAUGGGGUGGGGGAAAUGAGAGGGCUCAACUCUCUGCUUCUUUACAUCAAGUUUCUCAAGUUUUUCCCCUGUCUCAGAUAUGGAUCUAAACUGAUAUUUGGCAUCCUAUUAAAAUCCUCAGAUGUAGCAUGUAAAAGCUACAUGUAAAUGAGGAUGAAGUGUGUACAAUUUGGAGAGCAGGAGUAGCAAAUCAGGCAAGGUUAGCCACCCCCUCCCUCUCACUUCCCUCCCUCUCCCUCUCACACAGAGCAAGUGCUUGUUUUGUGUGAAUCUUCCCACAAAUCCAAUGUAUUUAUUGAUAUCUAUUUUUAUUUAGUUAAAUACGAACACUUCCUAAGUUGUUACUCUUUUAUAUUGUUGCCAAGUCAUUGCAUAAUAGUUCUAGAACUUUGCAGCAAGACAACAUGUUCUUUUGACUUAUAAAGAUCUUUUGAUGUUUGGUAUCAGUAUCAUUAACACAGAGAAACAAUUGUUAAUGGUUCUAGUAUUUGUAUUUUUGAAAAGAACUGCCAAUUCUCAUGAAGUUGCUUAGCUAUAUAAUUUAUGCUAAUAAAGUAAUGUAAUUUCUUCAUUUCAGACUUGCAUCCUUGUUACCUCUGGAUUUUCACUUUAUUUGGGGAAUGUUUUUCCUUCUGAAAUGGAUUACUUGCGCUGUGCAGCAGGUUCAGUAAGCAUUCCUUUUAAUUUCUGUGGCUGUCUAGAAAUAUAAAUUAGAAAUAUAAUUCAAUUUUCUCAUUUUCAUUAUGCUUCAAAAGCCUUAUCUCAGAUAUACCACUUGAUCCAGAAUUAAACUGCUAACACAUGCUCUCUUUAGAUAAUUCCUCACUCUUGAUUUCAGAGAAAUUGUUUGCUUUAAAAUAAUUGGCAGCAGCUUGCCAAUUAAACACUUGGUUUCUCCCCCCCCCUUUUGCUUUAUAAUAGCAGAUGCAACGUUUAGUUAUUGUGUGUUAUUUAUUUUCAAAUAAACAAUGUAAUGAAACAUCACAUGAGCAAAUAUCAGGGGCACAGAGAAUCAUAUAAAUUUCCUUCUCUCUCCGUGUAUAUUUGUAAGCAUGAAGCUAGGGUUGUGUAAGUAACUUUUAUCUCUGGAUGAUGUCUUUUGAGUUUUGUUCUUAGUGUGUUCUCGUGUGCACACACACAAAAGGCCCUGAUUCAGUUAAAUUAGUUAUGACACCAAUGGGACUUGAGUGAGUUAUGUCCAAAUGAUUCUCUUAGCUACAGUGGAAGUUUAAAAACCCAGUCCUAUGUAUUCUAUCCUUUCUUACUGCAACAUGGAAGACAUUGACUUUAUCAAUUCAUGUAUUGCCAAUGAGCAACUGAUGUUUAAUCUUGUGGACCGCCCUGAGAUCUACAGAUGAAGAGAAGUAUAUAAGUAUUAUGAAUAGUAAUAAUAAUAAUUUCUUCUUGGAAGUAAAUCUCCUGGCAUAUUAAUGAAUGCAUCAGAGUGUAGCCCUAAGUCAUGGAUAGUUCAAGUGGAUAGGAGCCAAAUUCUGUGACAAUUCAGUGUGAACGGGACUCUGUGCUUUGGGUGAUUUUAGAUGAUGAGAAAGUGGGGCUCAGUUGUCACACUGGAAUCAUCCAAGACAUGCUCUCAAGGGUAGGCUCUAUACUGAAGUCAGUGAGUAUAAAUGAAGAUGGGUGUCUACCAUUGUUGACUAGGUCAAGUAACAGGAGGAACUGUGACAGAUUUACAGGUUCUAAAGUGGCUACAAAAGGCCCGCUCAGUUGAUCCAGAAACAGAAUUAGAAGGGUGGCAUGCACCAUGGGCCUUUACUGCUGGUCUUUGCUGCUCUAGAUGGCUUGGGCACCGAAUAACGGCUUUCUCCUCUUUAUGCAGGUGACUCUGUGGUCUAACCCACAGAGCCUAGGGCUUGCCAAUCAGAAGGUCGGUGGUUCGAAUCCCCGUGGUGGGGUGAGCCCCCGUUUCUCGGUCCCUGCUCCUGCCAACCUAGCAGUUCGAAAGCACGUCAAAGUGCAAGUAGAUAAAUAGGUACCACACUGGCGGGAAGGUAAACGGAGUUUCCGUGCACUGCUCUGGUUCACCAGAAGCAGCUUAGUCAUGCUGGCCACAUGACCCAGAAGCUGUACGCCGGCUCCCUGGGCCAGUAAAGCGAGAUGAGCGCCACAACCCUAGAGUCGUCCGCGGCGGGACUUAACGGUCAGGGGUCCCUUUACCUUUACCUCUUUAUAAAGAGGAAGGACAAGAACAUUGCUUCAUCCUGUUCUGGUUAGGCUAAUCUUGGGGUAGGAAACGCUUUCCCCAGUCAUAUUGGUGGCGCAAGAGAUCCUGCUCCAGUUAGUCGAGUAGUACAACUUCAGGGCAAGAGGAAAUGAACUCUGAGAGGGAAUAAAGCCUGCUACUGUAUCACAAAGCAACCACACCAUAUUUACCUGAUACCUAUCUGCCUAUAUCUCUGUAGCUUAAUGGAAAACGGUGCCAACAGGGUGCUGACCAAGGGGCAACAGUUCUGGUCCAGCUGCCUCAAACAGUCAGCUGCAUCUUAUCUCUCUGCUAUUCACAGAAAACCAUUGACUAUGUUGGAUGGGAGUUGGAGUUCAACAACAUCCAGAGGGCCACUCGUUCCUCAUACCCACCUUGGUAUCAAGCCUUCCAAGUUCCAUUAAACAUUUGCUCACUGUACAGUCUGAAAGAAUUAUUGUUGUUGUUGUUGUUUAGUCGUUUAGUCAUGUCCGACGCUUCGUGACCCCAUGGACCACAGCACGCCAGGCACUCCUGUCUUCCACUGCCUCCCGCAGUUUGGUCAAACUCAUGUUCGUAGCUUCGAGAACACUGUCCAACCAUCUCGUCCUCUGUCGUCCCCUUCUCCUUGUGCCCUCAAUCUUUCCCAACAUCAGGGUCUUUUCCAGGGAGUCUUCUCUUCUCAUGAGGUGGCCAAAGUAUUGGAGCCUUUGCUUCACGAUCUGUUCUUCCAGUGAGCACUCAGGGCUGAUUUCCUUAAGAAUGGAUAGGUUUGAUCUUCUUGCAGUCCAUGGGACUCUCAAGAGUCUCCUCCAGCACUAUAAUUCAAAAGCAUCAAUUCUUCGGCGAUCAGCCUUCUUUAUGGUCCAGCUCUCACUUCCAUACAUCACUACUGGGAAAACCAUGGCUUUAACUAUACGGACCUUUGUUGGCAAGGUGAUGUCUCUGCUUUUUAAGAUGCUGUAGAAUUAGGCAUUCUUAAACACAUUUAUUUCAGUGAACUGAGUUUAAAUGUGUCCAUCCCUGUAUUGGAUUGUGGCCAUUGUGGAUUUUGUUAAAACAAUGUUCUUAUUUUCUGUUAUGAUUAUUUUUCAUAUCUGUAGCACUUUUCAGGGUGCAUUCAUUGCACCAUGCAUCAUGUGUGUCACAGGGCUUUUGGAUGUGUUUAACAAACAUUCACCUUCCCGUCACUCCAUGGCAAAUCACUUUUGAAACAGAGUGUAGGUCUCAAAAAAAAAAAUGUGUUUGGGUUAUUUGGGGUCUGCUGUUUUGUUUUAAGUCAGUGGUCCCCUCUCAUGUGCUAAAGCCCUUGGGAACAUCUUAAGUAGAUCUUUGGAUUGUGACUCUUAUCUUUAUCACAGUUUAUGUUUAGGGCAGUAGUGGUAGGUAAUCUGCAGCCUAAUUUCAAAAGCCCUCUGCAAGUUCAUGCUUGCCAGAAGAGAUGAGGGAGGAAGAGACAGAAAAAGUGGGUUUCAGAAAGAGAAAAAAACAAACAAACAAACAAAAAUGUAGCCUGAAAGAUAAUGGGUUUGCCUAAAUUAUCCAAAAGCUUUAUGGGUGAGAUGAGGCUUUUGCUGUGAUUUACUAUGUUCACAUAGGCAAAGUAUGUCUAUUCUAUACUCAGUGGGAAAUUUUAUUAUUCAUGAAAUUCUAGUUUAGUUAGUAAAUUGUACUCUUAAUUUUCAUUAAUUUCUCUCCAGUGUAUUCCCUCAGCAGCUGUGAGUUUUGCCAUAGCCCGAAACAAAGUUAAUGUGGUAAGUACUUUAUAAGCUUGGAAUGACUGUUAACACUUAAUUUCUUUAAUUAAAGCAAAAAUGAAAUAUUCUUAAUGUGUGUGUGUUGUUUUUUGUUUUUGUUUUUACAGAUACCCAAUUUCCAGAUGCUGUUUGUUUCUACAUUUGCUAUUACCACAACAUGUUUAGUUUGGUUUGGAUGCAAACUUGUCUUGAACCCUACAGCAGUAAAUGUGAGUUCUUAACAAUAAAGAUUAAUUCUAUAAUUAGUUUAUUUGAUAUUGAGUUUGCUUAUUUUGUUCAUUGUAUAUAUAUAAUCUUUCAAAAAGUUAAUCAGACACUACUUAGGCACUAUUUCAUAAUUUGCUGCUUUUGUUUUUAAAUCUGAAGAGACUUUAUAGGAAAAUACUUUUAAUGUUUUAAUGCUGGCAUGUGUUUGGGCAUUUCAUUUUCGCUUCUUUUCUUGCUAUAUUAUUAUUGGUUCUUCAAGUUCAAGCAACAAAUGAUCAAACAUAUCAAACAGAUUGCUAGCAAUUCUCAUUCUCAAAACUCUAGGUAUAAAAAAUUGAGCGAGCUGUUCUAGGCCCGAUUCAAAAGUUGCAUUUGCAUUAUGCUAGCCAUUGAAAAACCAUAACUGUGUUGAUCCUGUUCCACAUGGAAGGUUUGUGUGAAAUGGUUCCCUAUAUGGUUCAUCCAGUUUUAAGUAUGCCAAUGCAAAGCCCCUGUUUAGAGGGGCUAAACUAGAAUGGUUAGCCAAACUUCAUGAGAAGCCACAACAAUGGUGCUCCCAUGGUUCCAUUUUUCAUUGCAAGUGCUCCAUUGCAAAGGUCAUGCUCUGGAUUGGACCGGGUGACAUUAUAGUAAUUAUGUAGAUAAGUUUAUGUUAAUCUAAAAAUUUUUAAUACCUUUUAUGCACAGAUAAAUUUCAACUUGAUUCUCCUCAUUCUACUGGAAAUUUUCAUGGCAACUACUGUAAUAAUUUCAGCAAGGUUUAACGAGGAGUGCUGCAGGAGGAAGAAAGUAAGUUUUUCCUUAAAUAUUUCUAAAAUAGCCUAAAGGCUUUCUACAAUCUCUACUUCAUAUUUGCAUACUGCCUCAGAAACAUAGUCACUGUGAUUCUGUCAUAUAGCUAUGAUAUCAUAUGCCUGUGUACUACUGAAUAUUGGGGGUUUUGGGGUGCAUUUCUGCUGGGAAUAACUCUUUUUUUCUGUAUUUUAUAUGAGCAUUACAGAUUUCAUACAAACAUCUUUCUGGCAGUGAGAUCAGGAGCUUCCUUUUUCCUUUCCGGUUAGCACAUGCUACUUUCAAAGAUUAUCAGUGCAAUGCAACCCCACUUUGUACUGGGCUCGGGGGUGGUGGAUUGGACAGAGAUACUCUUCUGUCUAGUCUUGCCAGUCUUCACUGUGAAGUAAUGCCAGCAUUAUUCUGCUGGCAUGGAGCUUCUUGUUUGGCUCACCAAAUGGGGCAUGGAGGGACUGAGCCAUCCCAAGCCAGCCUCAUAGUUGUCACAUGAUGGCAUUGGGCCUGAUGGCUGCAUCAACUCCAGGCUGGCACCCCACCUUUUGCCCAGGCAGGUACAUGCAGCAAGGAUGUGGAUGUAACUGUGACUCUGCCAUUCAGUUAAGCCCCACCAGGCAGUGGCCAAGGUUUACGUUGCAUCCUAAAUCAAUAUCCACAUUGUAACAUCUACAAGUACAGAAAAUCUAUCUUUGCUGUAGCAAUUUUCUUGUGAAUACACUGGGCCUGUAUAGUUAUAUAUAGUUCAGGCAGUCCAACAUCUCCAUACGAUGUAUUGUCUAUAGCAGUGAUGUCCAAACUUUUUUCAAAAAGGGCCAGAUUUGAUGAAGUGAAGGGCCGUGAGGGCUGACCAAAGGGAUAACCAAAGUUGCUGACCAUUUUUUAGGAUUGAAGUUGUUGAAGUUUUUUUAGGAUUUUACCCCAGGAAAUAAACUGCCACAGGGGCCAGAUUAAACCGACCAGCGGGUCGGAUUAGGCCCCCAAAAUGGACUUUGGAUGUGCCUGGUCUAUAGCUUUGCUAGCAUAUUAACCCAUGUAGAUAUAUGAAAAUUACAGAACACAAGGAAACGGGGAGCUACAAAAUGAAACAGCCUUAUUUCACCUUAAAAACUAACAAAACUUGCUUGCAGUAGAAGAGUAAGACUAAAAUUCUCAAACAAUGUAUUCUAUCUAGCUAACCUUAGGUAGUUGAAUGAUUUUUCCUCCCUUAGCACAAUAUGCGUACACGAGAAAAGAGAACUGAAAGCUGUGUCGGUGUUAGCACAAGGUGUUGCACAAUUUCUUGGACAAGGUCUUUCACAACAUCUCAAGAUGCACACUUGAACUCCUUGUUGUGCCUAGUUUUCUGCUAGCUAUUGCUUAACAGUUUGCAGAACAGUGCAGCUGCCAGAAUUUCUUUCAUUGCACUAUCUCUGGAACUAAUCCCCUAUCUAUGUAAUCCUCCCUCUGAGCAAGCUGUUUUAUGAAUGGUAUUGACAUUUCAGCUGCAGUACUUCAGCAUGAGUGGGUCAUGUUAAUGAACAGGCAUAUUUGUGUACAUAUACGUACAUGUGUAGCUAUGUAGAUGGAUAGAUUUGUAUAUCUUGACAGGGAGAGAGGGAGAAAUUAUGCUGGUAUGUCUUGUAUUUUAGUAUUUUAUGCACACAGAUGGAAGCAGCAGGAGGAAAAGGUCCUUUUCACAUAAAACACACACAGCUAUGUGUGUUAUGGGUUGCAUGAGUUCAAACAUGAAUUCCCUUUUAAGUUUUUAAACAUAAAGUCGUAAGUUACCAAGUUGUAAGUUCUUCCAAUCUGCGGGUAGCUUCUACACCCAGAUGACUAAUGCUUGGUUAAUAGUUUAUUUACUCUGAUCAUCUUUUCCCCCCUUUUAGACGACAAUGUAUGAUAGUGCCAUCACAUUGAAUAAUGUCAGCUUUCCAGCACGGAUCCUAAAAUCCUAUUCAGUAAGAGAUCUUUGUUUUAUCAGUCUCUAAGAAUCUGCUAUGAAUUAUAUAUAAUUUUAUAUAAUAUAUUUUUAUUAUAUAAAAAUCCCAAGCAAAUUCUUCUUCUUUUUUAGGUAAUUGAAGUGAUUAUUGGAAUUUCUGCUGUGUUUGGUGGAAUAAUAGCUUUGAAUAUGGAUGUGCUAGUCUCAGGGCCAUAUCUUUCAGUAACUUUCUUUUGGAUUUUAGUGGCUGUAAGUAUUACAUCAUUGAAUAUAACAUUUUAUAAACUGUUGUUCACUUUGAUGAAUAACAGGUUUUUAAAUGUACCAUCAGUGUCUUAUACAUAUAUAUUAGGAACAUUCUACUUAUUCUUGUAAAACUGUCACACUUUAUUAUUAACAGCAUUUGUACACCUUUAAGUAACAACAUUCUGUACAGAUAAGAAAGGCUGGUACUCUUGAGCAGCAUUCAACCAACUUGCUUCAUCUACACAAUGAUUUCUGCUUGUGCAGUGGACUUUCCCCCUCCUCUUCCUGUGUGCACCCCUCCCCAAAUCUGUUCUGGAGGGCUGGGAGAACCCCCAGAAGAGAUUUAGGGUAUGCAGGCAGGGAGGAGAGAGAGGAAAAGGUUCUGUUGCACAAGUGGAAAUCCUUGUGCUGAGAGUAUGAAUUAAUUGAAAGACCACAUGGUGUCUUAAUUUACAGGACUAUUUGGAAAAGAGCCCAGGUCCUUUGUAGUCAGGCAUAUUAAAAAAAACAACAACUAGAUUCAGAAAGGUGUGUGAUCUAGUAAAAAUCAAGGAAUAUGAAUCAGAAAAAAGAACAAAUAGCUUAACGAGAGAUUCUAGCAUUUAUCCAGGGUCUGUUUCCUUAGAAUGAAGGCCGUUGGUUAUUUAGAAUAUGUGGUCUUAUUUACACAUAUAUACAACCUGAGUACAAGAUGGAGGGACUCACUUCAUUAACAGUCUAACACAAAGUCUAGCUCUUUGCUUCUUGUUCUCCUUCGCACAAGGUGAAGUGGCAUUCAGCCAGGUGAGGGGGGGGGGCUUAUUCCCUCCUCCCAGAAGCAGCAUUAAUUAGCAUUAACUUGUUUCUAUAGCAUUAUGGCUAACUAUUUAGACACGUUAAAAAUGUAUUUACAAGUCUGGCAAUGACCAUUAACUUAAAAGAAACUAGUUUGAUCAGUUCAGCAGUUACUUCCAGUGUAGACCAUGUCUUACAGAUACACAAUUAUAGGUUUGGUUGGGACCCACUGGCAUCAUCCAAACCAAUCCUUCAAUCCUAUAUACAUACAACAUAUUGGUGCAGAUAAGAGUUUGAGAUGGUAUAUCCCAUUCGAGCUAUAAUCAAAUGCCGACUUUUCUAGCCCCAUUGAAUACAGCUGGACAUACCACUGAAUAAAUGUGCACUGGGUUACUCUUUAAAUCAGUUAGGUAGAUAGUGUGUAUUUUAUAAUUUUCCAGUGGGCACUAGGACUCUGCAAAGUGGGGCGCAUGUUCCUUCUCUUUCUCAAAGCAGGAAAAAGUGUCUUCACUCCAACAGCAUCUCUGAUUGAUUCCCACCCCCCUUACUGGAGUGAUAGUUCACUCUCUGGCCAAAUUUGCUAGUACUUCAGAGGAGGGGGUCAGUCAGAGAUUCUGUUGGAGUGAAUCCUGCCUCAAGCAACAGCAGGAAUAUGUUGCCUAUUUGGUGGUGUCCUAGUGCCCCUUGAAAAGCACCCUUUUCCUUAUAAAACAACAAGAAAUCAUUGGAAGUGCAGUUGGGGUAAUCAGUAUAUUUGCUAAUAGGCACUGCUCAACCAAAAUAUAUCCUGAUUGGUCCUGAACAUUUUCUCAUAUUUAGUUUCUUUUUAGUGUUUUCCCAGUGCCAUUGCAAGUCAUGUUGCCGCUGAAUAUCCAAGCAAAUGCUUGGUAAGUAUAUUGUUAAAACAGUCUGGUGGAAGUACUUCAAUGAACUGAUGCAAUCAUAAAUGUUAUGGUGAAAGAUUUCAGAUUUCAGAUUUAGAUUUAUUAUGGCCAUUGGCCCAUAUCAAAAACAAUACAUCAGAAUUUAUCCAUAAACAAUACAAUUUAAACAGUUCCAAGUUAAAACACCCUUAUAAAACCAAUUUUACUUUAGUUAAGGAUGGUGAAAAUAGGUCCAGUAGAACUUUCUGAAAACUGAACAGCAACUAGACUGAUUUAACAUUUCUGCCAUUUCAAAUCUCUUCCUUUGGGCCAGGGAGUGAUGAUAUUUUUUCACACAGUUUAUGAAGGAGGCAUAAUGGAAUCAUUAUCUUCUGGGUGUACAGUGAUGCCUUAGUGAUCUCCAAAAAAUUGGCUUUAUAGAUGUUUAUGUUUCUUCAAAAACUGAUUGGAUAGGAAAUUAAUAGUGGGUCAAAAUGCUCUGUACUACGUCCAAAAACAUUGCAAUCCUUAUUUAUUGCACUUUGAUGCUCUCCAUUCCAUCCAAAAUGUUACCAUCUGCUACAUUAGCUACAUAAAGCAUAGUGAGAAUUCUUUACUGGCUCACAUACAGUAUCAAACUUUAUGAUCUUUUCUUUCACUUGCUCUGUUUUUUUGGCUUUUUCAUACAUAGUUAUAUCUCUCCCUAUGCUGUGAUGCAUUUCAAAGCUGGAGAGUCUGUAAGCAUUUAAUAGUGUAAUGCUAUGUAAUGCUCAAAAAUAAGCUCCAUUGGUUUCAAUGGUACUUCCUAGUAGGUGUGCUUAGGAAUGCAGUCUAAGUAUAUCUGUAAUCACUUUUGGUCCCAGCUGCGUGUGUAAUGUUUUACUCUCCUUUCCCCCCAUAUCUGUUUUGUUGUCUUUCUCCCUUAUUCACAAUUAUCCAAAGCACCACACAAAUGGAACACAGCAUGCAGUUCUUUAGAGGGGACUGGGCCUUUGUCUGGAUGUUACGAAUACCUUGGGUGCUCUGAAUACACACUUAUUAAUAUGAGUUCUAAAAUAUUCAUCAUUGUAAAUACUUUAUACUCCUCAUUCACUUUUCCAGGGACUAAGCUCACAUUUUGAAUUUCUUUUUAUGAAUAAAUUGCAAAAAACUUCAUUUAUGCAAGCUUGCUCAGAGAAACAAGAAUACAUACAAUAUGAAUCUUUUUUUAAUUAAUAACAAAUAUCUAUCUAAUCACAAUUCUAUGUUUAAUUUUAGGUAGAAGUCCUGAUUGCCAUAAGCAGUGUUACAUCUCCAUUAUUAUUCACAGCUUCAGGAUACUUGUCCUUCAGUAUCAUGCGAAUUGUUGACAUCUUUAAAAACUAUCCACCAACAGUUAAAGUAUGUAUUGCUUUUGAAUUACCAAGCAAACAAUCAAUGUAUCUUGUCAGUGUAUUGUGACCAAGGCCACAAUGUUCCAUACAAACUACUGCUUUCUAUUCUACAUAGUCCUAACUUUUAUAAAUGCUGUGAUUCAGGUUUUUUUAUGUGUGACUUUGGAACACGUAGGGAGAGAAGUAGGAGUAUUGUGUUGUGUGCAAGCAGGAUUGCUUUUGAGGCUGAGAAAUUGUGAGCCAGGAUCAGGAGCCAAAGGGAAGCAAGAUCAGAGAGGGAGUGGAGCAUAUUUAAAUUACCUAUACAUUAUUUGGCUGCAUUCUUACAGUUUACCAUAGCAUGCUGGCUAAGUAAAAGCUAGUGAAUGUAUGUAACAUUUCCCCCCUGUGAUAUCACUUGUGCAAUUUCUAGUUCUUGAGAUGUUUUAGAGAUGCUUAUCAGUUGAUUGAAAUCUGUUUAUCUGUUGCUUGCAAAUUUGCAUCUUGCCAAGAACGUCAGUUUCAGGAAAUAAUUUCAGUCCUACUGUAAAGCAUGACAGGUUUGUUCUUGCCCGGUAUGAUUACUUAAUGUGCUGUGGUAACGGAAUGUGCUGGGACUCCCAACCACAGAUGUCCAAAACAAAGGUCUCAGCCAUUUUAAAAUAUGAGAUACGGAAGCAUAGGGUACAUGGCCUUUUCCCAAGGUAUUAUGCUACUACUACUGUUUGAGUUUAUGCACUGUCCUUAUUCUUGUACACAUUGUAAUGCAUAAAUUAUUAUUUCUUGUGCACUAUAAGAGGUGGGGAAGUAUAAACUACAACUUCAGUUCCUAUAAUAUCAGGAGAUGAUUUGCCAAUUUAUACCCAGCGUUAGCAAUUAUUUAGAGUAAGUAUGUAGUAUAUAAGGAGUACAGCAGAUCUGCCAUAAUGUUUUGUGGUUUCCCCAUAAUUUCCCUAAUGACUAUAAGACAUAUACAAACUGUGGCCCAUAGUUGCUGCUUUCUGCGAGGGAGAACUGGAAGGCGAUACAGUGGUACCUUGUUUCUCAAACUUAAUCCGUUCAAACUUAAUCCGUUCUGGAAUUCUGUUCCAAAACCAAAGCGUUCCAAAACCAAGGUGUGCUUUCCCAUAGAAAGUAAUGCAGAACAGAUUAAUCUGUUCCAGAUUUUUGAAAACAACCCCUAAAACAGCAAUAAACAAUGUACUGCAGUCACACAAUCAGUCAGUAGCUGAACUGGGUUCCACACAGUCACAAAAAAGAGCCACAAAAACGCAAAAUAAAUAGCAAAAACAGACAGACCUCAGCAUAACGCUCAAAAUGGAAGUGUGGCACUCAAAUCGGAAGCGUAACACUCAAAAUGGAGCACGUUUGGCUUCUGAAAAAAGUUUGCAAAUUGGUACACUUACUUCUGGGUUUGCAGUGUUUGGGUUCCAAGUUGUUUGAGUACCAAGGCGUUUGAGAACCAAGGUACCACUGUAGGGAGGUUAUCAGUGUGCAGAAGCAGUGAAUUGGCUCUAUCAUAUCAUGUUAACUCCCCUUUCCCUUCUGGUCAGUGGGCAAUGAAUCUUGCCCAGAGGCUAGGCAUGCAAUGGCACCCCUCCUUACCAAUUGCCUGAGCCCUGAGUGGGAACAAGUGCUGAUCAUAGCCCUUAGAGACUGCAUGGGAGUUGGCAAUGGGUGGGCACAGAGAGAGAAGGAGGAAUAAGUAAAAAUCUGUUUUCUAACAAGUCAAACUAUGGAAAAACUUUGUAAAUCUGUUUCAUUUUGCAUUCACAUAAUAAGGAAAUAUAUACACUUGAAUGUGGUAUGCCUGGGCAUUCACACUUCAUAUUGGAAAACUCAUGCUAAUAAAUGGUGACAAAAUAUGCCGCUGACUCCCAAACCAGGACAGAAUGGCCUUUAAGGAUAUAGAAGUUUGAUAUUGGAAGUAAGGGGAAACCAGAGCAUUGCAGGUGCCUCCAGUAAAUGUGACCUUUGGAGGCAGAAAAGUGUGUAACAGUUAGCAUACCUAAAGGCUAAAGCCUUUUCUAUGUGUGUAUUUAUUUUUUUAGCAGUCUUACGACGUGCUCCUCCUGCUUCUAAUGCUGAUGCUGUUAAUUCAAGCUUUCCUGACUACUGGCACUGUCAUAUUGUGUGUAAGCUUCAAGGCAAAAAUGAAGAUGCGGGAUUCAGUGUGGGCUGUGCCACAGAUGAACAAACAAGAGUACAAAGCAACAGAGGUGAGGGGUGAUUUCACUUUAAAAUUGGUGUAAUCAUGGAAUGUUGCUGAUCAUUUCGGUUUCAUUGCCAGCACCCAUCGCAGUUCUUCUUUAAAAUACAGAUUUAUUUUUUAAGUGAAUGUUAUAUUGACAUGGCUAAGUGUGAACGAGCAAACAUGUGGGUUCCUAAACUGCAGAUUUUGCCUACAGUGCUCCUAUUGGAACUAAGCCAUGUUGUCUGGAACUAAGCCAUGGUUUGGCUUGUGUUACUUCCAGACCCAGGCUCAUAGUUCCAGGCAAACCACAAGCUGUAACUAAGUUUGUUCUUGGUUUACCACUUAUGCUUAAUCUAGGGAGAGGACCUGAUUCAGAUUGGGACUGCAGUAAAGUGGGAGGGGGGGUUGUUUUAAGUUUUUCCUCCAAUGCCAUUUUCUCAAUGAAAAUUUCCCCCUGAAAUGGCUAAAUUCCCCCAAAGAGAAACUGCUACGUGCCUCCAAAGCUGCCUGGGCAAACAGCAGUUGGGGGGGGGGCAUUUUUGGUGAAGAAAAUGGCAUGAAGGAAGGGGUUAGGUCCCUCUUACCCUGCACUGCAGUCCCAAUCUGGAUUAGGCAUCUUCACUGUUACUAGGUAAAGGUAAAGGGACCCCUGACCAUUAGGUCCAGUCGUGACCGACUCUGGGGUUGCAGCGCUCAUCUCGCUUUAUUGGCCGAGGGAGCCGGCAUACAGCCUCCAGGUCAUGUGACCAGCAUGACUAAGCAGCUUCUGGCGAACCAGAGCAGCACACGGAAACGGCGUUUACCUUCCCGCCGGAGCGGUACCUAUUUAUCUACUUGCACUUUGAUGUGCUUUCGAACUGCUAGGUUGGCAGGAGCAGGGACCGAGCAACGGGAGCUCACCCCGUCGCAGGGAUUCGAACCGCCGACCUUCUGAUCGGCAAGUUCUAGGCUCUGUGGUUUAACCCACAGCGCCACCUGUGCCCCUUCACUGUUACUACUUUCUUAUAAAAAUGCAAGACGUGGAAAUGUGAUCACACAUCUAAUGAUUUACCCUUAGUCUGGAUUCUUCCAUUCUAAUUUGUCAAUAACAGUGUUUGAAUUUAUUUAUUUUUUGUAGGUUUCCAAUAACAGCAUGAAGGAUUUCGACAAAGAGAAGGCUUGGAAAGCUGUUGUAGUGCAAAUGGCCCAGUAAUCUGGAUUUAGGAAACUGAAGCUGGAAAAUUGCUGGAAUAAGGGCAUGCUAGCCUUUGCAUUUGCAAGUGUUAUGGGCACAGCCACAAACAUCAUGACAGCCCUACUGACCACUUCCCUGUGGUUUCCAAAUAGUAGAAUUUAGUCAGAAUGUUAGCACCAUGCAAUCUUCCUUUAAAACCUCUCUCAUGCCUUUCUAAUAACUUAGAAAUUAGCAUAGCUUCAAGUUUGCAACACAACUUGUUUCAACAGAGUGUGUCUUUCAUUUUAGAGUACUAGCAUCUUAAUUGCAAACCGACUCUACAACCAGAAACUGCCAAUUAGAAAUUAAGUCCAUCUGAACAGCUAAACAUAAGUAACUGUGUGGUAGGUCUUGCUUAUUGCAAGAGAACUAAUAUAACUGCUGGUAUUCAGUUGAUGUUAACAGACACAUUUAUAAAGUUACAAAUGCGUGUCAUCGUUGAUGCUUUUGCUUAUAAACUUCACUUUUGUAGGAGUUAAGUCCUUAAGAAUUGCAUAUUACUUUUGUAUAAAAUAAACAUCUUUAUCAC